AUGGCGGCGCCCAGCUUGCGGGGACGCUUGGCUCGCUUAGGGAACCCGAAAAAGCCUGUCCUCAAGCCCAACAAGCCCCUCAUUCUAGCCAACCGCGUCGGGGAGCGGCGCCGAGAGAAGGGCGAGGCGACCUGUAUCACAGAAAUGUCAAUUAUGAUGGCUUGCUGGAAACAGAAUGAAUUCCGCGACGAAGCGUGCAGGAAAGAGAUUCGGGACUUCUUCGAGUGUGUUUCAAGAGCCGAGGCAGCCCGCAAGAUGAUGUCUACACAGGACACCCUGGGAGAGUCUGGGAGUUUAUCUCCAAAAAAACUGAAUAAAUUAUUAAGAAGUUUUCCUAACAAACCUUAUGUCAGUUGA